AUGGACUGCCCAUUGUGUCAGGUGACAGCCACAGCCUCACUAGUGAUCAUCAUCUACACAGUACAACUGCUCCUGCUUUCUGCUGGUGGACACUGCGGAGGAAGCACUGUUAAGUCUUUCUUCCGACUGCCGUCUAAGUCAGAGUCUCCUAAGGAGCACGAGCAGCUGCAAAAGCUCUUCGUCAGAGGGCUGAGCUUUGAGACCACCAAUGAGAGCCUGGGAAGCCAUUCUGAGCAAUGGGGAACCCUCACAGACUGCGUGGUAAUGAGAGAUCCGAACACCAAGCAUUCCAGGGGCUUUGCAUUUGUCACUUACGCCACUGUGGAGGAGGUGGAUGCAGUCAUGAAUGCAAGGCCACACAAAAUGGAUGGAAGAGUAGUGGAACCAAACAGAGCUGUCUCAACAGAAGAUUCUCAAAGACUAGGUGCCCACUUAAUGGUGAAGAAGAUCUUUGUUGGUGGCAUUAAAGAAGAUACUGGAGAACAUCACCUACGAGAUUAUUUUGAACAGUAUGGAAAAAUCGACGUGAUUGAAAUCAUGACUGACCAAGGUAGUGGAGAGAGGAGGGGCUGCUUCUGUACCUCUGAUGACCAUGAUUCUGUGGAUAAGCCUGUCAUUCAGAAAUACCACACUGUGAACAGCCACAGUUGUGGAGUGAGAAAAGCCCUGUGGAAGCAGGAGACAGCAAGUGCUUCAUCUAGCCAAAGAGGUCAAAGUGGUUCUGGAAAUUUUGGUGGUGGUCGUGGAGGUGGUUUUGGUGGCAAUCACAGUUUUGGUCACGGAGGAAACUUCAGCGGUGGAGGUGGCUUUGAUGGCAGCCAAGGUGGAGGUGGAUAUGGUGGUAGCAGGGAUGGCUACAAUGAAUUUGGUAAUGAUGGAAGUAAUUAUGAAGGUGGCGGAAGCUACAAUGAAUCUGACAAUUACAACAAUCAAUCUUCAAAUUUUGGACCCAUGAAGGGAGGAAACUUUGGAGGCAGAAGCUCUGGGUCCUACAAUGGUGGAAGCCAAUACUUUAUCAAACCACGAAAUCAAGGUGGCUACAGUGGUUCCAGCAGCAGCAGUAGCUAUGGCAGUGGCAGAACGUUUUAAACGCUUCCAGGAAACAAAGCUCAGCAGGAGAGAAGAGCCAGAGAAGUGACAGGGAAGCCUACAGGUUAACAAUAGAUUUGUGAACUCAGCCAAGCACAGUGGUGGCACGGCCUUGCUGCCACAAAGAAGACAUGUUUUAGACAAUACUCAUGUAUAUGGGCAAAAAACUCGAGGACUGUAUUUGUGACUAACUGUAUAACAGGUUACUUUAGUUUCUGCUCUGCGGAAAGUGUAAAGCAUUCCAACAAAGGGCUUUAAUGUAGACUUUUGCACCCAUGCUGUUGAUUGCUAAAUGUAAUAGUCUGAUCAUGACACUGAAUAAACGUGUCCUUUUUU